UUACCGGCCUGCAAUGGGGCCACCACUGCUGCUCCUGCUGCUGCUGGAGCUGCUGCAUGAGGCUGGGCAGGGCCCCCCCACGCCCUCCACCCCCCGGCUCUGGGCUCAGCUCUGGGGGUCUCUGUCCCCUGUGGGGUGGCAGGUUCCAUCCCAGCUCACCAUCCCACAGCAGCUGCCGGCAAACGUGACCGGAGAGACGCGGCUGCAGCAGGACACAGUGUCCUACGUCCUGAGGAUCGAGGGGAGGUUGUACACCAUCCACCUGCAGCAGCAUGCCUUUUUAUCUGAUGAUUUCCAUAUUUACGUGUCGGACAAGGAGGGCUCUCUGGGCCCUGAUUCAGCCCACGUCGAGGGAGGCUGCCACUACUGGGGGUACAUCGAUGGCUUCCCCAGCUCAGCAGUGACCCUCAGCACCUGCUCGGGGCUCAGGGGUUUGCUGCAGUUUGAGAACGUCAGCUACGGCAUCGAGCCCCUGGACGAUUCCCCCGCGUUCCAGCACCUCGUGUAUCGAGUGGGUGAGGAGGAGGCAGCAGGGUCCUUCCUGGCUCACAGCCCCCCCAGGACAGGGCUGGGUGGGCUGGUGGCAGAGGAGACAUCAGCUGAGGCCCACGGGGAUGCCGAGCACCUCUCGGCAGCAGCACGAUCUCCCAAAUACCUCACCGUGUACGUGGUUUUGGACAGCGCUUUGUACAACUAUAUGGGGUCAGACCCGAAUGCCGUCACACAGAAGAUAAUCCAGGCUUUCAAUUUAGUCAACAAUAUGUUUAGUCCCCUUAACGUCACCAUUGUGCUGUCCUCCCUGGAGCUGUGGGCAGAGGGAGAUAAAAUACUGACAGCAGGGGACACAGAUGACCUUCUGCAGCGAUUUUUACAGUGGAAACAGCUGACUCUGGCACUGCAGGCACACGAUAUCGCUUCUCUCUUAGGGUACAGGGACCAAGGAGAGCUCGUGGGAGCAACGGCUCUGGGAAAGGCGUGUCAGAGAGAUGCUGCUGCUGCAGUGGCCCUGUACCACGGGAAGGUGACGCUGGAGUCCUUCUCUGUCCUGCUGGCACAGGUGCUGGGCCGCAGCCUGGGCAUGAGCUCCGAGGGCUCCCGAGGCUGUGGCUGUGCCAGGCGCGUGUGCCUCAUGGACCCCGGGGCACUACACUUCAGUGGGGCAAAAGCCUUUAGCAACUGCAGCGUCAGGGACUUUGAGAGCUUCCUGAAGCAGGGCAGAGGCGAGUGCCUCUUCAACAGCCCCCGCCUGACGCCCCUGUCCCCCCGGAGCGGGGCUGUCUGUGGCAAUGGCGUGGUGGAGCCGGGCGAGCAGUGCGACUGUGGCACACCCCAGCAAUGCCUGCAUGACAGGUGCUGCACUAAAACAUGUCAGCUUAAGCCAGGAGCGAAAUGUUCCUCUGGAUCAUGCUGUAAAAGUUGUCAGUUCAGGAAGAAGAACUGGCAGUGCCGCCCUGUCGCCGACACGCAGUGUGACCUGCCCGAGUUCUGCAGCGGCUCCUCCGCGUCCUGCCCGCCCGACGUGUUCGUGCAGGACGGGCACGGCUGCGAGCGCGGCACCGGCUACUGCUACGGGGGACGCUGCCAGUCCCCUGACCUGCAGUGCCAGCGCCUCUACGGGAAAGAUUCAAAGAAUGCUCCUGUGGUCUGUUAUGAGGAGAUCAACAGCCAGAAGGACAGGUUUGGGCACUGCGGGUUCAAGCGUGGACAGGGGUACCAACCCUGUUCUUGGAGGAAUCUCAGGUGUGGGAAGUUGGUCUGCACGUACCCGUCCAGCACCCCCUUCCCAUCAGCUGGUGCCGCCGUGAUUUACGCCCAAGUGAGGAAGCAUUUGUGUGUCUCUAUGAAUUAUCUGAAUGCAUCAGCACUGCUGGAUCCACUGCUGGUUGCACCGGGGACAAAAUGUGGCUCUGAAAGGGUGUGUAUAAACAACACAUGCCACCCCGUGUCGGUGCUGGGACACCAGUGUGACAGCCAAGCCAACUGCCACGGCCACGGCGUGUGCAACAGCAAGGGCAAUUGCCACUGCUUCACGGGCUGGAGGCCCCCCAGCUGCCAGAAGAAGGGCUCUGCCUUUGGGGGCAGCGUGGACAGCGGCUUCCAGCUGGUGGAGAGAGGCCUGCCCCUGCAGCGAGUGCUGGAGCACGGGGAGCUGGCCUGGCUGGUGCUGGGCUCCAGCCUCGUCCUGCUCCUCCUGGCCGGGGCCAUCGUCCUCGUCCUCAUCCUGUGGCAGCAGCAGGUGCUGGGCUGGUGCCAAGGGCAGCAACCGCAGGGCACAGAGGGGUCUCCCCACAGCACCAGCCAGGACGUGGACAGGGAGCUGGAGCCAGACCCGGAGCUGAACCUGGAGCCAGAUGCAGAGCUGGACCCAGAGCUGCAGAUAAACCUGGAGCUGAAGCCAGAGCAGGAGCUGAAGACAGACGUGGGCCCAGCACUGCGGCUGGGGCAGCGCUGCCAGUGCUGAUUAAAGGCGUUGGGCAAAGCUGCUGCUGUGGCCAGAGCCCCGUGGUUUUGUGCUUACGUAGUUUGUGCCUUUUGUCAGAGGAACAGGAAGAGCACGGGGUGGGUGUGAGGUCCCAGCCUGGUUAGGGCCCUUUCAGCCCCAUUUCAUCCAUCUCCAGCCAGAUGGCAGCAGAAGUCUCUCAG